GGUCGCAAUGUGGCACUGCGACAGAAUGCGAGCCAGUCCGGCACCUACGUGGACCGUACAGGUGUAUCAACAGUGGCCUCGAACGCGGUGGACGGCACCACUAUACAGGAUUACUUCAAAGGCUCAUGCACCCACACGUGGAACUCGCAGUGGAACUCGCACCGCGUCAGUUACUGGAAUCUGACCCUGCAGCGAGAUUAUUUUAUCACACGAUAUGUUCUGUACAAUCGG